AAAUUAGUGAAAUUAAUGAUAAAGAAAUAACCAACAAAACAAGCCACUAGGAUGCAAACCUAAGCUAAUGAUUAAUAAGAAGUUAUAGCACAAAGUCAACAGGCAGCUAAAUACACUUUAAAUUAAAUUGUCGGUAAUGGAACAUUUGGAAUGGUUUAUUUGGCAACAAACAGUUAGAGCAACGAAAAGGUGGCGAUUAAAAAGGUGUUUCAAGACAAAAGAUAUAAGAAUAGGGAACACUUGAUAAUUUAGGAGUUGAAUCAUCCCUGUGUUAUAAAAUUGAAGGAAGCCUUUUUCACCCAAGGAGACAAGGGCGAUGACGUGUAUUUGAAUUUGGUCAUGGAUUACAUUCCUGAUACGCUGAGCAAGGUUAUUAGAUAUUACAAAAAGGCAAAACAACCAUUUCCUGCUGUUCUAUUAAAAAUUUAUAGUUACUAGAUGUUUCGAGCAUUAGCCUAUUUAGAAGGGAUUGGCAUUUGCCAUCGAGAUAUAAAACCAUAGAAUAUUCUUGUGGAUCCGAAUUCGCAUGUUUUGAAAAUAUGCGAUUUCGGAUCAGCCAAAAGACUGCAGAAGGGUGAGCCAAAUGUGGCUUACAUAUGUUCACGUUAUUAUAGAGCCCCCGAAUUGAUAUUCGGAGCCACAGAAUACAGCACAGCGAUAGACACUUGGUCGAUUGGUUGUGUGAUAGCUGAGAUGCUGAUUGGAGAACCUUUGUUCCCUGGAGAAAGUGCCACUGAUUAACUGGUCGAGAUCAUCAAAAUAUUGGGCACUCCCACUGUUGAGCAGGUCAAACAGAUGAACCCUAUGCACAAGGAAUUUAAAUUCCCUCAGAUCAAGAAUCACCCAUGGAAUAAAGUGUUCCAGAAGUUCAAGCCUGAUCCGUUGUUUGUCGAUUUGAUAUCGAAAAUAAUGUUGUAUCCUCCCAGAGAGAGGUUGAGACCAUUGGAGGCGUUGUCUCAUCCAUUUUUCAAUGAAAUAAGAGACGAAAAGUUUGGAAUCCCUAAUGUAAAGUUACCAAACUUUUUUGAUUUCACCAAAGAGGAAUUGGGAAUACAGCCUGAAAUAGCAUUUAAAUUAACUCCGUAGUGGUAUUAGUAAAAGAGGAUAUGA